AUGCGUGGUGCCACCAUGGCUCAGCAAAAUGAUUCGCGGUCUUCAGAUCCAGAGUCCAAGUCCAGCGCAGACGCCAUGACCAACUCGUCUGGUGCCGUCGCGGACAAGGACGCUGGCGCUGACGGCGCGGCGCCAUAUGGGACACGCUCCCGCAACCGAGGUGGCAACGCGCGGCCCAACUAUGCAGAGGAUAAGGAUAUUGAAAUGGACAAUUAUGACUACUACGACAAGAACCAGGGCGACGCACCCAAGAAAUCGUCGCGCCCGGCCACCACCACCACCAUCCUCACCAACGGGGGUGAGACGUCAGGGCGCGCUGCGGCUGGGGCUCGCAAGCCUCUGACGGGCAGCGCACCAGGCAGCGACGACUCCAAGACCGCCGCAUCGCAGGCCCAUGCCGGUGCCAGCAGCAACGGACACGUACCUGCCGGCGCACCGCCCUCGUCAUCGGCCGCUGCGUCGCGCAAGCGGAAGGCAGUCAAUGGCCCAGCGCAGGUGACCGCGGCAACGACGACUAGUGGGCAGUCGGCGCGACGCGCAGCAGCCUCUAACACAGCGCAAAGCUCGACAUCAGCAAUUUGGCCAGAAACCAACAUGCUUAGUUUCGAGAAUUGCAAGGGGCGCCCGCAGAAUGGCCGGCUGGUGGCGGACGACGGGACAGUGCUGGAAGCAAAUGAUCAUGUGUACCUGGUGUGCGAGCCGCCCGGCGAGCCUUACUACCUCGGUCGCAUCAUGGAGUUCCUGCACCCGCAAAACGACCAGACGCGUCCGGUGGACGCGGUGCGCAUCAACUGGUUCUACCGCCCCAAGGAUAUCGGGCGCAAGGUGACAGACACGCGACUGCUUAUCGCAACCAUGCAUUCCGACAUUAGCCCGCUGGCGGCGCUACGUGGCAAGUGCCAUAUCAAGCACCGCGCAGAAAUUGACAAUUUCGACGAGUAUCGCAAGUCGCCCGACUGCUUCUGGUUUGAGAAGCUGUAUGACCGAUACAUCCAAAAGAGCUACGACCUGAUCCCGACCAAGCUCAUCGUGAAUGUGCCGGACAAGGUUAAAAAGGUGCUGGAUGAGCGGUGGAAAUUCGUCCUGGUUGAGCAGGGGCGUGGCAAGGAGCUGACUAGCGCGGUCAAGUCGUGCAAGCGAUGCAGCGGGUAUUGCGCGAACAACGACUCCGUCGACUGCGCCGUUUGCCGCUUGACUUACCACAUGAACUGCGUCCGGCCGCCACUCCUCAAGAAACCGUCUAGAGGAUUUGCUUGGUCUUGUGCUGCCUGCAGUCGUGCCCAAGAGCGAAAGCUCGAGAACCGUCACACCGUGCCCGACGGCGAAGAUGACGAAGACCUUCUCGACGACGACGAAGAGGACGCCCAGGACCCCAACACCAACAGGACCACCCCGACUGAUGACGAAAAAGUCCACCAUGAAGGCACUGUCGAGCAAAUAUACCACGCCAGUCUCUGGCCUUACCGCUAUCUCGGCAUCCACUGCAAGCCCGAAGACGCCCUCGACUACGACGACCGUAUAUACCCCCGCUCCAGCACCCGUAUUGGCCCCAGAAAUCAAGCCACUGUCCACGCCUGGCCAGGUCGUCCUGUCGAAUAUGUCAAGCCCCUCGAGAUCAAGCGCGGCAAGGGUGGGGCCAAGCUCAAGGACAUCCAGGAGGAGAAGGCCAUGCGUGGCAAGCGACCAAAAUGGGUUCAAGAUGAGCCUCCUGGCUACACCGCUCGAGGUGAAGACCACGACGCCAGUGAUCCCAACUGCACCGCCACUCCCAUCUGGGUUCCUCCAGCCGACAAGCGCGAACAUCCUGACAGGGUUACCAUUGACUACAUGGACAAAGCCAGAUCGACGGCCGAGGACCACGGCCUGCCCAAGCAGUGCACCAAUUUGCAGGACGUCGCCCUCAACUACUUCUAUCGCAAGCAUUACAAACCCGACCCGGCUCGCCAACUGCUCGCCAAGACACCACUGGCUGAUUUCAAAGAACCUCGUCUGACCGCCGCUGAAGAGAAGCGUUGGGAAGAAGCCAUUUCCAAGUAUGGCUCCGAGCUGUUCCUCGUCAAGAAGCAUGUAAAAACGAUGACUCCCGGCCAAGUUGUCCGCUACUACUAUACCUGGAAGAAGUCGACCCGUGGCAAGCAGAUUUGGGGCAACUAUACGGGUCGCAAGGGCAAGAAGCAGGCCAAAAAGGCUGACGCUGCUGCUAACAAAGUGGCCGAUGAUGUUGCCGAUGACGAUGACGACUCGGCUUUUGAUACCGCUAAGGCUGUCGAAAGGAAGCGUAGCUUUGUCUGCCUAUUUUGCACGAUAACUACCUCCCGACAGUGGCGCAGAGCUCCUAAUUCUAUGCAAGGGCUGCUCGACGAAAAUGGCGUCGCUAAGCCUCCACCCAAAGACAAGAACAAUCAGCCCGUUGUGGCCCUUUGCCGACGUUGUGCGGAAAUCUGGCGUCGCUAUGCCAUCCGAUGGGAGGAUAUUGACGAGGUGGCCAAGAAGGUCACUCAAUCCAAGGCUUGGAAGCGCAAGCAGGAUGAAGAGCUUCUCAAAGAACUCCAGGCUGCCCAGGAGCAUGGUCUCAUGACGCCUGAUCGCGAUUCUACCCCUCUCAGCGGCACUACCAGCGCCAACGGCGUUGAACCUCCCAGAAAGCGUCUCAAAGUCCCCGUUGAAAGAGACUUUGACCCUGCUAACUCGGACGGUGGUAGCAUUGCUGGCGUCGGCAUCAUCAAGAAAAAGGAUAAAGACAGGACCACCGAAGCCACUCCCAUACCUGAAUUACCCCAGGCCAGAACUUUGCCAUGCGCGAUCUGCAACGAGCUAGGACCUCCUGACGACCAGCACGUCGCAUGCCGCGAAUGUCGCCUCACUGUUCACCGAAACUGCUACGGCAUCAUCGACAACAGAAUUCAGGGCAAAUGGCUUUGCGACAUGUGUACCAAUGACAAGAACCCGCAGGUCUCGAUUCAAUACAAAUGCGUUUUGUGUCCUGUUGAGCAUACCGAGCAAGAGUUCGUCGAGCAGCCGAAACUCACACACCAUAAGAAGAAAAUGUCGGAUAAGGACCGGGAGCGUGAGCGACUGGAAGUCCAGCAAGCUCGCAAGGCGGCUGAUCAUUAUCGAAAGCGCCAAGAAGAGCUUAAUCGCCCUGUCAACCCUCGAGAGCCACUGAAGCGAACGGCGGACAAUAAUUGGGUCCACGUAACCUGCGCUGUCUGGACCCCCGAGGUCAAGUUUGGCAAUUCCAAGGCCAUGGAGCCUUCCGAGGGAAUCCCCUCCAUCCCCAAGCUCCGAUAUGACGAGGUUUGCUCUGCGUGCAACCAGGUCGGCAAUGGAGCUUGCAUUCCGUGCCAUCAUUGCCGCACAACGUUUCAUGUGGAAUGUGCUCGACAAGCAGGCCACCUUCUCGCCUUCGACAUUACCCCGGUCAAGAGCUCUCGACGCGACCAGUUCAACAUUGUGACAAUCAAUGGCGAAAGUGGCGCCAUGUCCGCCCUGUUGUGGUGCAAGGAUCAUAUUCCCACCAAGACCAUUGCCCACCGGAUGCAUGACAUUGUCGGCGACAGCGGCCUUAAUGCACUACAGCUUUACGUGCAAAAUUUCAAGCAGGCCGACUUGACUCUCACGGGAACUGUACGAAAGGCAAAUCUCUUAACAAUAGCGGCCAAGGCAGGCGGUGCUGCGUUCCCAGCGGCUCGCAGAGUUUCUUCGACGACAACAGCAAAUGGUGCCCCUGCCAUCGGAGCUGUUGGCGCGACGAACGGCGAACAUCUUAACCCGGCUAUCAACGCUGCUGAGCCGGGCGAAAAGGUUUGCAUCAGCUGCGGUGUCGACGUCACGCCUCGAUGGUGGCCUAUCGACGGAAACCAGGAAAGGCAGCUCACUAAUGGUCAUUACGGAACCAUCGGGUCCGAGGCGCAGAAGUUUGUCGAGCAGAGAAAGUUCCAGUGCCACAAAUGCAAGAAACUCGCCAAAACUCCUCGGCCGCACCACACGCCUGCUCCGCUGUCGACGCCCAACACGCGGCCAUCUUUCCCAACGCAAGCUCCGCCCUCGAUACCCUCGCUACACAGCUCGCCCCCACCUCCGGCACUGGUUCCCGAAUAUCGCGAUCCUCGUUCUGCCACACGCAUUUCCAGCGCCUCCGCCGUCCUCACGAAGCAGUCAUUUCGACUGGCAUCGCGGCUCGCCCCCAAGCCACCACUCGCCACCGGCCCGCCAUAUAAACGGCGGCCCGCCUCCCAUGCAGAGCGCAGCACCGCCGCCACCUCCCUCGUCGCUGAGACCGCCGCCACCUGGGGGCAUGGGACACCGAAUUUCGUCUGCCCCGUUGUACGGCAGCCAGCCGCCUUCACCGCGCAGCUUACGAGGCCCUCCCCCACCGCCUCCCACAGCCGAUCGCAUUUCCAUUCGUCGGUGCAUGUGAGCCCUUCCGGACCUCCCUCCGGACCUCCCUCCGGACCUCCCAGUGGGAUGCCUCAUGGUGGGCGGGACCUGAUGCCGCCACGGCCUGACGGGCGACCAAGCGGUGCCAGCGCCAACCCUUCACUGCGAAACUUGUUGUCUUAG